CCAAAACCUCCAACACCAAGGAAAUUUGCCCUCACACACCCCGACUCAGAUAUUCGCAAAGAUGGUCAGGUACGCAAACACCGCCAUCGAUAAUGGCAAGUCUGCCCGCGCCCGGGGCUCCUACCUCCGUGUCUCGUUCAAGAACACCCGCGAAACAGCCCAAGCGAUCAAUGGCUGGAAGUUGGACCGCGCAUUGAAGUACCUGGAGAAUGUCAAGGAGCACAAAGAGGCUGUCCCCAUGAGGAGAUACGCUGGUAGCACCGGUCGCUGUGCUCAAGGCAAGGCUUUCGGUGUUUCCAAGGCACGCUGGCCUGUCAAGUCCGCCGAGUUCCUCAUCGGUCUGCUCAAGAACGCCGAGGCGAACGCCGACACCAAGGGCCUCGACACUAGCAACCUCAUCAUCAAGCACAUCCAGGUCAACCAGGCCCCCAAGCAGCGCAGACGCACAUACCGUGCUCACGGCCGUAUCAACCCGUACAUGAGCAACCCUUGCCACAUCGAGCUCAUCCUCGUCGAGGCGUCCGAGGCCGUUGCAAAGGCUCCGGAGGUUGUGGCCACCACUCCUAGACUCAGCUCGAGACAGCGUGGUGCCCGCAUCCGACGUGCCAUCACUUCGUCAUGAACGUGCACCGAAGAUGCUCUUAGGACUUUUGCAAUGGAAGAUGUGGGGAUGGUGACCAAAUGCUAGAGGAUGGAUUCUCGAUGGUUCAUGCAUGCCAGGAGGAACUGGCCAAUGGUUCAUGGCGCACGGAGCGAAUCAAAAACGAGUUCAGCCUAGUCUACACAGGGCUAUCAUGUAGCAAAGGGUUGAGAAUAUCACUUUAUUUGCUAUGCACUAUCCUGCUUCGUAUGCCGUUCAAUUUUUGCAGUAUGUGCUCUGCGUUUCCGGCCAGAUUUUUUCUCCUAUGCGUUUCUAACGCACCCAAUCUCAGUGAUUUCUUUGCUAUGUACUAUGUGUAUGAACAGAGAUAUUGGCUGGGGUUAAACAAGUAUUCAGAGGAUCACGCCUGGAACACGCUUUGCCCAAUGAAAAACCUUUUCCCAUCAUAAACA